AUGCACCCUCCUUUGUUUGAUGGGAGAGGCGAUUCAACUUUGGCAGAGGAUUGGAUUCAGGACAUUGAGGAGAUUUUUCAAGUCCUAACCUGUACUGAGGAGCAAAAAGUGGCGUACGCCACAUUCAAGCUUACUGGGGAAGCGAAGAGGUGGUGGAUCUCUGAAAGAUCUAUCAGGGAAGCAGAGGGGACAGAGAUAGUCAGUUGGCUACACUUCAAGCAGAUCUUUCUUGAGCGCUUUUUCCCUAGCUCGUUCCGUGAGGACAAGGCUAUGGAAUUUGCCACCUUGGUUCAGGGAACAAUGACGGUUCAUCAGUAUGCUGCUAGGUUUACUGAGUUAUCCCGUUUUGCUAUUUAUCUGAUUCCCGAUGAGGAAAAGAAGGCACGCAAAUUUGAGCAAGGACUGAAUGAGAAACUGUAUGAGCGUGUGGUGGGUUUCCAGAUUCGGAACUUUUCAGAAUUGGUGAACAAAGCAACAGUUUUUUAA